GUUAUGUUGCACUGUUGUGCUUCCAACGGCGUUGAAAGUCUGCAGUGAAAAUAAAUAAACAGAAAUUGCGUGUACCAAAAUGUCCGACAGCAACGUCUUCGUGCUGGACAACGGCGCGUUUUACGCCAAGGUCGGCAUGUCCGACUGGAACGAACCCAAAGUGGUCCCCAACUGCAUUACCAAAGCCAAAUCGGAGCGGAGGCGGCCCUUCAUCGGGAGUCAAAUUGACGAGUGCCGGGAUGUUUCGGGGUUGUUUUACAUCCUGUGCUUCCAGCGGGGCUAUUUGGUCAACUGGGACAUUCAGAAGACGGUGUGGGACUACAUGUUCAGCAGGGACUGUUCGGGGCCGGUGAAUUUCGCGGAGACGCCGCUGCUGAUUACGGAACCGUUGUUUAACUUUCAGUCGAUUCAGGAAGCGAUGCUGGAGAUUUUGUACGAAGAGUACGACUGUGAUGCGGUUUGUAAGACGACGGCGGUUGAUUUGGCCGCGUUUAAUUACACCCACGGAGAGGACUCGACGGGGAAGCCGCUGUGCUGUUUGGUGGUUGAUGUUGGGUACAGUUUUACGCACGUGGUUCCGUUUAUAAAGGGGGGUAAGGUGAAGGAGGCCAUUCGGCGGAUUGACGUUGGGGGGAAGCUGCUAACGAACCAUUUGAAGGAGAUCAUUUCGUAUAGGCAGUUGAACGUGAUGGAUGAGUCGUACGUGAUUAAUCAGGUUAAGGAGGACAGCUGUUUUGUGUCGCAGGACUUUAACGCGGACAUGCGAAUCGCAAGGAAGCGUCAACCGGACAAUAGUAUUAUUCGAGAGUACGUCCUGCCGGAUUACACCCAGAUUCGACGUGGUUAUCUGCGCACGUUGGAACCGUCCUCCAAGUCUGCCGCGAACGGUGAAGAACUGCAGACGCUGCGGAUAAACAACGAGCGGUUCGUUAUUCCGGAGGUGCUGUUUCACCCGUCCGACAUUGGUAUCCAGCAGAUGGGCAUAGCGGAAGCGAUUCUGGACGCUAUCAAUAGCUGCCCGGAGGAAACGAGGCCGCACCUGUUUGCGAACAUUGUGAUCUGCGGUGGCAGUGCAGCUUUUGAAGGGAUGCAGUCGCGAAUCCAGAAGGAAGUUCGAGCUCUGGCGCCGGAUGAGCUGACCGUUCGGGUGACACUCCCGGAGAAUCCCAUGUCGUACGCGUGGUACGGUGGCCAACAGUAUUCCCAGUCGUUGAGCUUUCUCAAGUCUUGCAUGAGUCGCAGCCAGUACGAGGAGGGCGGCAUCAAGCAUUUAAUCGAAAAGUACGACAACUGAACGGUGUAGGAUGGAUUUCUUUUCAAGCAAAUUGAGACGGUAAUUUA